UCUGUCAAAUUGAUCGCGCUAUCUUGAAACCGGUGCGCGUUUUCUUGCCGCCGCGAAACGGAAGUGCGAAAGUGAUUUCGACUUUGAUGUCUCUUUUUAUUUGUGACUGUGAAAGAUGCCAGGCUUGUCGGAAAAGCCAAUCCUAAUCGACGGUCGCGGCCAUCUGUUGGGCCGUUUGGCCUCGGUCAUUGCCAAGCAGAUCCUGAAUGGCCGCAAGGUAGUGGUCGUGCGCUGCGAGGAUUUGCAGCUGUCAGGACACUUCUUCCGGAACAAGAUAAAGUUCUUGGCCUAUCUGCGCAAACGGUGCAAUGUCAAUCCGGCCCGUGGCCCAUUCCAUUUCCGUGCCCCCAGCCGGAUGCUGUGGAAGGCCGUCCGAGGAAUGGUCCCACACAAGACCAAGCGAGGACACAACGCCUUGAAGCGCCUGAAGGUUUACGAGGGCAUCCCAUCGCCGUUUGAUCGCCAGAAGCGUCUGUGUGUCCCAACGGCCAUGAGACAGCUCUGCCUGCGUCCCGACAGGAAGUUCUGCGAUGUCGGACGAGUUGCCCAUGAAGUUGGCUGGAAGUACCGAGACGUUGUCAACAACCUGGAAGCCAAGAGGAAGAUCAAGUCCCGGUUGUCGUACUUGCACUCGAAGAAGCUGAAGGUAAGUGCCAGUUGUAACAGUGGGAUGAAGGUAUUCGCAGAUAAGUGAGAUUUCGAUAGGCCUCCAGAAACGGUACCCGCCUUUGGGAGUGUGCUAAACAGUUUAAGCAGGGCUAGAAGCAGGUAUCUCAUAAGAGACUUGGUCUUUGUUAUAUUGCAAGUCUCUAAAAAGUUAUCAUUUUUAACGGAAGGUUAAGUAAAGAGUAUU